ACCGUAGGUAAUAUUUCAAAUCCAGUUGAACCAUGAGGGUCGAUAUAUCAUGGGGUGUUCUGCUAUGGGUCCCUGUGUUGCUUGUCGAGGGACUUGGACUCGACCACGAGACGUUGUCAAAAUACAGCAACAUCAGUUCCGGUCGGCGUAUCGUCAACGGGGUUCCUGCAAGCCCGGAGGAUUUUCAGUACAUAGUUCACCUGCACACAGACGGUCCUCACGCCAGUGGAAACGUGAUAGACAGUCGCUGGAUCCUGACCGUCGCUCACGCCCUAGUCAACGACGUCUGUCCGAAUUUGAAGAUAUUCCCAUCGAGUUGGCAGCCCGGCGACACCACGACCAUGACCGCGGUCAAGUGCUACAUCCACGACAAAUACACUCCGGCCGAAAACGCGCACGACAUCGGCCUGGUGAAGAGCUCGGAUAAUCUCCUAAACAGCGGUCAAUGCCAGACGAUCCCUCUCCCCGAACCAGGCACCCAGUACGCUCCUGGUACCAGAGGCACCAUUGCGGGAUGGGGACUUAAAACGGAUGGAACUUUGUCGGACCGUUUGCUGACCGGGGAUGUGAUGGUCGAGAGUUGGGAGACGUGCAACGAGGCGUUUGCGCACAGCCCACCAGAGUGCGGAGGAAAACCGGAGUGUACUGCUUUGAACGUCCCUCGGAGAAUGGUUUGCUUACGAGGCGACGGUCCGAACCCUAAAAACAUUUGUGCCGGAGAUUCUGGAGGGCCUUUGACCAUCGACGGGACUCUGGUAGGCGUCGCAUCCGUAGGGUUCUUCAGCGAUAAGUGCAUUGUUGGAACGGUCACCAUGUUCACAUCUAUCGUCGACUACCUACCGUGGAUAUACUUCUUCACUCAUCCCGAAAAGAACACGAACGGUUUUCCGGUAGCACCAGAGUUUGAUAAAACUAUACCUGCCUGAGGUGAAAAGUUCUCAAGGCUCACCGACGAGUAACGGGGCGAGGUGAAAUGGUGGCGUUUUUGUAAAAAAAUUUUCGAAUCAAAGAUCGUUGUGAAUGCAAUGGAGUGCUCCGUCUGUAGCGAAACACGAUCAAUUGUCACGGACUGGCUAGGAUCUCGUUGAUUUUAGUUUAACACAUUGGACCGAAGAAUUUAAUUUAAAAGUCAAAGAAAAGGUACGGAAGAACUGAGACUCUUGGUUAUCUGUAACCGUAUAUAUAUUCAGACCAAACAGAUUAUUUUACCAAUUGCUUGUAUAUUUGAAUAAAGUAGCACAGCACUUGUU